AUGCAUUUUUCCACUGCCGCUCUUCUCGCCCUUUCGUCCGUUACUUUGACCUACGCGGCGCCUUUCGCCAACCUGGAGAGUGAAGACCUUGUUCGCCGCAAGGCAAUCUACUCGGUGGUCAAUGUCGACGGAGAAUCUUCCAGCUCUGUUGCGCCUGAAAUUGACACUGUCUUCGAGACAUCAACAGUGACUGCUCCCGGUGCUAACCCAGUUCCUGUCACCGUCACAGUAACUGCUACUCCUUCGAGUAUCCCUUACUCCUCGACUGCCGUGGUUAGCUCAACCCCAUGCUUGGAGACACCAUCGGCUCGCAAUGAUAUCCCUCUUCCAUCAAUUGCCCUCCCAACCGCUGGUUCUUUAUUCCGCCGGGGUCUGAGAGCCGCCGGCCAGCCUAUUAUUUUUGCUCGCGACUACUCUAGCUCUUCUUCCGCCUCAGUCUAUGCCCGCGACUAUCCUACUCCAGCUGACUCUGCUCUUUGGGUGCGCGACCAUCCCACCUCCUCUGCAUCUGCUUCUACAUCUGCUUCUGCAUCUCUCAACGCUCGUGGUUACUACCCCUCUGCUUUCGGCACUGCCUCUCCAUCUCCCAGCGCAUCUGUCUGGGCCAGCUCCCUCGUUGCACGCGACUGGUAUCCUUCUGCUACUGUCUCCCCAUCCUCGAGCCUGAGUGUCUCCGCCUCGAGUAUCUCGCUUGCUCCUCGUGACUGGUACUCUGCCGCUCCCAGCUCUUCUUCUGUUGCCCCCUUUUCUGCUUCUGCCUCUGCAAGCUCGCUCGUGGCCCGUGGCUUGUAUUCUUCCGCCUCCGCCUCCCCCUCCUCUGUGAGCUUGGGUGCCUCCGCUUCUUCCACUCCUCUUGUGGCCCGUGACUGGUACUCUCCUGCACCUAGCUCUUCUUCUGUUGCUACUUCUUCUGCUUCUGCUUCUGCCUCUACGACCUCACUUGUGGCCCGUGGCUUGAGUUGGUACUCUUCCGUCCCUGGAACUUCUUCCAUUGCUACUCCUUCUGCCUCCCCUACCUUACUGGCCCGUAGCCACAGCAGUUGGGGCUCUUCCAGCGCCUCUUCUCCUGUCUCCAGCACAUUUGCUAUUUCGGCGACUCCAGCGGCCUACUAA